AGGGAGGAUGUGAACAAAUCCAUUUGGAAUCGGAUUUAAUUUUCUAAGGUUGGCAUAGAAAAGAAUGUGCGGCUGGCCUUGAAGGCAUCGGUGUGUUGUUUGUUCCCUGGCAGCUAUGGCUUUCUGCUUCCAAGGCAACAGACUAACACAAAGAAAGAGAGAGAGAGAGAGUGAAAGACAGCAGGUUGUCAGUCGGGACAGCUACAGCAACCAGGCCCAGGUUCGGACCUGGUGCCGGGAUUUGAUGUGCUCUGGGAAGUCGGACCCCAGUUCCACCAUUAUUUAAGAUUUUCUACGAUUCAGAAUUCAGGAUCCUCUGGGGUUUGUUCCACCUGGAUUUAGAAAAUGCCAGGGUUUGGAAUCCCAGAGGAUUCAGUUACACUGAAAUUAAGAAUCUGAUGGCAUUCCGUGCCACAAAAUCUCAGGAUCAACUGGGAUUUUAUUUCAGAAGGAUUCCGACAAUUCUGCUCUUUCUAAGGCAAGUCGCAGAGUAAAAAUCCUCCCAUCCGGAGGGAAGUGAGGAAGGUCAGGCAGUGGGAACAGGAUGUGGAAAUUGUCCCUACUGAGCCGAGGCUAUGGAGAACCUGUGAACAGGGACCAGGGGCGUCUGGACGUUUAUUUUGAAGCUCAGGAUUAUUUUAACUGGAGAUCUUGGAGUAAUACUGACAGUAUCUCCCUCGAGCUGAAUAAUUCAAAAUAUUUCCAGCAUGAUUACAACUCAAUAGUUUCCAAAACCUUCAGCACACGAAGAGGAGCCUUGGUCAUCUACUCUGAGAAUUUGGCCUUGCAAGCAUGGCAGCGCCAGCAUGGAGUGAAGUGGAGGCAAGCAACCAAGCUCCGACUCAGCACCCUGAGUGACCUGACCAGGGCUGUUCUUGCAUAUGGACAGCGAGAGGGUGGUUCAAGUCCAAACCAUGCCAAACCGUAUCUACACUUUCUUGUUGGGCACAAGAAUCACCCAGGGAACCGUAAGAUCCAUCCUGGUUACUCAGCGAAGAGGUACCUCACCUGCCUGACGGAGUCCUGUGACCCUAGCCUCCUGCACCGGCUGAAAGGCUCAGGUUGUAUCCGUGACCUGAGUUUACUCAGAGGAAUUUCGUUCAACCCAUUUCUUUUCCACCAGACAAAAUGUGACCUUUCUGAGGUGCCCAGACCAUAUCUGAUCCUUCCCUGCCUUCCAUUUUCUCUCCACUACCAGAACUGGUCAGGUUUGGAUGAGGAGGAGAAUGAGAAUGGGGAAGAGGGUGGUCUUGAUGCAGGCGAAUCUUGUCCAAUCUCCCAUGUUGCGGAAGGAGCAUUGCAGCCUGAUAGCAGCAGGUUAGAAAAAAAUGAGAGGCGUUUAAAGAGGGAGAAUGAAGCAGAGGGUGUAGCACUUCAUCAUUCUGAUGUUUAUCUUCUGAUCGCUUUGCCACCCAGUGGCGAGGAAUUGGAUAAAGAAGAAACUGAACAGCCACAGAAUAGUUAUCUGAUUAAACAUCUGGAUGCUGAAGGGAAGGAUCAUGGAAGGUGCAGCAUGCUGGGUCAGCCAGUCAUUGAUUCCUCACAACUCUUCAGUCACAAAUCCAACGUGACUUAUUAUGGGGGAUCAAUGACUGGGUUGAGAAGAGGCUUGUGUGGGAAAAGCAGACCCAGCAAUCAGUGUGGCUCAAGACAACCAUUGGAACCUGUUGACUCUAAGAUUGGGCGGUUGCAGCUUCCACCCAUCUCAUCAGAGACUGAGGCAGAAGUAUGGCCCAUUGAGGAAGAUAAGGAUGGAGAGCCAGAAUUGCUGAAACUGCCAGUGGUAAGGAGACGGCCUUUAGCAGCAGCUCGAUGGGCUGGACGGGAAGGGGGAAGAGUAAAACCAGAAGACGUGCAAAUUGGGCAGAAAUUGGUUCUGCCCCCAUUGACAGAUGGUGAACAACAAAAUCAGAAUGCAGAAAAUGUCUACGAUGAAGUGACAGAGCAUGAAGGAAAACUGGAGUAUCCUAUUAGCAUAGAACCUUCCAAAAUGGAAGGAAUGGAUGAUAUGGAUCAGCUCAGUGUGAAGUAUCCCAUCAGCACAGAGAGGAACUCUGGCCCGAAUGGGGAAGAGAUUGGAUUUUUACCACAGAUAUCCAUUCAGAGUGAGACAGAGGAAAGGACAGAUGGAUUUGUGGAGAAAAGAUUGGAAGAAGAUGCCAUUCUAUUGGAAGAGGGUGUUAUUCAGAAUGAGAAAGGAAGACCAGUCCUCCAGUUGCUGCCUCCAAUUCAAGGCAUAAAGGGACCCGGAAAGCAGAGAAGCAUGGCGUGCAUUAAACGCAAAGCCCGUAAAACUAAGACUUCAGCUUCAGGAAUUGUUCGAGGCACUGUGCCAGAGAAACUGAGGGUCCACAAAGAUAUUUCGGGCAGCCUUAUCAUGGCUCCUGAUGGUGAGAUUGUGCGACUCUCCAUGUUGGACUACAUUCAAGCUCCCAGUGGCAGCUUCCCAGGCUGCUCCUCACAUCCAGGAAGCAAGUCCCUUCAUUAUGGUUUUGGUGGUAAGAAGGAUAAAUCGAUUACGACUCGGCGGCGAAAAGGAGGAUUUCAACCCGAUUCUUCAACAAUAAGUUCCUUUCAAGAAGAGGACAUCUAUUCUACCUCAGAUGAUGAUGACCUUAUUUGUGAGAUUGAUGGUGACUCCAGUCGACCCCAAACCCCAACACAACUCUCCAUGGAACAAAGACGAGCACGGAAGGCUCUGAGAAGAAGACGCAGGAGACAGGCGUAUCUUGAUGGGGCCACUUCAGGACCAGUGAGUGAGUCAGCCGAAGGAGCAAAGGUCAACAGCGAUCGAAGGGCCAAGGAAGGGGCAAAGGUCAACACCAAUCGAGGGGCAAAGGUCAACACCAAUCGAAGGGCAAAGGGAGAGGCAAACAGCAACAGCAACAGCAAUAGAAGGGCCACGGAAGAUGCAAAGGUCAGCCGUCGACAGCGGCAAGCCCCUGGUGACGUGGAGGAGGUGAUACUGGGGGAAGAUGGCAAUCUGCACCAAUUUCACCAACCUGGGCGUGCCCGUCACAGCAGUGACUACAACUCCGUACAUGAGAGGGAGCUUGCUCACGACACCAGACAAACCACACGUGGUUCCACCUACAGGACAUCCGCUGCUGGCUCUAUCCUGACAGGCUGGUCCCAGAAAGAACACAAUAGCUUGGGUGAAACUGAUGAGCUGGGGUCACCGCUCGGCUUCCACGAAGUCAGUGAAAGUGGGUAUCAUCCCAAUGCCAGGCGGAGGAGGAAGAAGCUGCGAAAGGAUGGCCUUGUAGUUGAAGAAGAUCCUGAGGCGGAUGUCGAAGAUUGGGAGGCUGAGCGAUGGAGUGAAGGAAGCGAAGGAAGGACUGGAGUCAAAGCUAAAAAACAAAAAAGCAAAAGGAAAGGAAGGAAAAGUUCGAACCAGGAUCCAAAUAUCCAAGAUGGCUACUCAGAACUGAGCAGCGAAGAUGAGUGGGGAGAAUCAUCAGGAUCAAUCCUGGCACCAGGUGAAAACUCGCCAUUUGAGCAAGAGAGCUCAAUGAGGUCUCAGAGAAGACAGGGAGCAAACUAUCCGUCAGAUACAGGGAGCUCCCUGAGGCCGGGCCAGGCACGAGGAGCAAAUAAAGAGAAAAGCAAGAACAAUGGACGUGCGGAAUUUGUUGUAGGAAGACCCAGGGAGAAGAGAGCUCAGCAACAGUAUCUGCCUCCGGGUAAACAUCAGAAGGAUGCAACUUCCCAGCUGCAGAGGAAGGCAAAGAGAGGGAGUGAGGUUAAGGAGGAGGGGGAGGAGGAGGAGGAUGAUAUCACCACGCAGAUUGGGAUGCGGUCGGACGGCGUCCUGCAUUUCCACAGCGGCAGCAGCACCCCAACCUCGGAGAUGGCCACAACAGCCGAGCAAGGCCCUAACUCCAGCUCCACUCAGGUCAGAGCCAGAGGCCUGCGGGCAGGUGGAGCAUGGAGCAAAGGACAAGCAGAAGGACAAGCAGAAGAAAGCACGGAGUGGUCAGAGCGUGCAACAGCUGUACCAGGAUCAAAGCAUCCCAGGCAGCUUGGCAACAAGAGGCUGGAAAUGGGCCAGAGGUCAGAUGAAGAGUCACAGAAUUACGACGAGCAACUGGAUCCCAGCGAACGGAGGCGCCGGAGGCUGGAGCAGCAAAUCCAGCAAGAAUUGGAUGAAGAGCAGAGGAGGAGAGAGGAAAAGAUAAGGGUUAAAAAACUGCAGCAGGAGUCUGAAGCAACAGAGCAGGAAAAGGAUGAGCAGAGGCAACAAGGGGAGCAGCUGGACCGUGAACGCCGCCAAAAACAGCAGCAGGAGUUUCGAAAGAAGGUGCAAGAAAUGCAGCAGGUUAAAGAAAGAGUCCUGGCGGAGCGAGCAAAGGAGAAAGCACAGCUGCAAAAGCUCCACCAGGAGCAACUGGAAGAGGAGCAGCGGCUCCUGAGUGAGAUGGAUGAACCACAGCGUCAGGAGUACCUGAGAGUGAAGCAGAUCAGAGAACAGCAACUGAAGGAGCAGUGGCAGAAGGAGGGAGAGAGGAGGAAGGUGCUGCUGGAGGAGGCGACGCGGGAGGCAAUGUCCUUCCUACGCCAGAAGGGGCUAAUAGGCCCAGGCCUGGUGCUGGUGGAGUUGAUGGAACUGGAGCAGGCCCAGAGCAUCACCAGGCCCUGGGUAUUCUCCUACUUUGAAGUGAUGGAGAUUCUGGGCCUGGAAGCAGCAGGGGAGAGUGAAUGAAGGACAGUUGGAUGGAAACUGGGAGCCAACGAGGUACCUUGGUUCACACUGGGAGCGCGAGACGUCAACAUAUCUGCCUGGCAAGGAAAGACUGAUUCAAAGUGCAAAGACAUUUCUUCAUAAACUUGCAAAGAUAAACUUCCAGAAAUGAACACCCACCCACCCUCCUACACACAGAAGUGACACAUACUUUUUUUCCCCCUUCUUUUUUCCUUCCAAGGACUUUAUUCAAUGAUUGCAUAUUACAGUGUAGGGGAAGGUACGCAAACGUUCAAUAGUCACAUUGUAUCAGGAAAUCAUUAUAAUACAAUAGUGGCAUCUUUAUCUACAAUGCACUCGACCCCCCUGCAACAUCCG